CGUUUCCAGAGCGAUUCAGUUGGCGGCCGAAAAGCGCCAAAUCAAAAGUACUGAAGUGACAACAAACAAAAUGGGGUCUGUGUGAUAGAAGACAACGCCUCUCGGGACUGACCGCUUCUUUUACUUUAACCGGUCUACUCUACACUGUGUCAGUGAAAGACUCGUUUAGUUUGUUAACAACAUGGAAGAACUCUUUAGUAAAGUGUUACAAGUGAACGUGAGAUGCAGGGACUGUGAGGAGAGGAAAGCAAAUAUCCGUGUCACCAUUGAGCUUCAUUUGACAACAAGUCCUGUACACAAAAGGGAUCUUCUAGUCAGACUAACAGAUGAUAUAGAGCCAUAUUUCCUCUUCAACCUCUCUAUAUCAGAAGAAGAUUUCCAAAGUUUGAAAGUCCAGCAGGGGCUGCUGAUAGACUUUGCCUCAUUUCCUCAGAAGUUUAUUGACCUGCUUAAUCUAUGCUACUCCGAGCAAGAGUCAGACAAUCCAAGGUUUCUCCUGCACUUAUCAAGUCAGUCUCCAGUGCUUGAAGGCCCCGCCAACUUCAGUGUUGUCGAGACAAACGCAUUCAAACACCUGAACCACUUGUCUCUACGUCUUGUUCAAGGCUCUGACAAAGAAGUUAAAGACUAUCUGGCAGUGUGUCUCUCCUCUCUGAAGGCAGAGAAGCAGGCCCUAGAGGGGAAGCUUAAGAAGACUGAAGACGAUCUGUCCAGGCAGCUGAAUUAUGCCCAACAGACUCUGUCUGAAAAGACUAAAGAGUUGGACAAACUGCGUUCAGAGUGGACGAGUCAGAGUAGCUCUCUGUCCAGUCGUCAUUCUCAGGAGUUACAAUCAGAGAGAGAGAAGGCUGUAGAGUUACAGGGCAGACUUCAGCUGCAGACUGAGCAGCUCCGCCACGAGCUGGAGAGUGCUCAUAAGAAGAGCAGCCAGCAGCUUCAGAGCAGACUGACAGAGCUGGAGGCCUCUUCCAGAGAGCUGACAGAGAGGAAAUACAAGAACGAGUCUGUCAUCAGAGACUUGAAGAUUAAACUAGUGGGUGCAGAGGAGGAGUGCCAGCGUUUGAAGCAGCAGGUCCUGUCUCUCAGGAGGGAGAACAGCACUCUGGACACAGAAGUCCAUGACAAGGAGCGUUUGGUGAGCCAGCUGCAGAUGAGAGUGGCCGUUGUGGAACAGGAGAGCAAAGAUAAGGAUCAGCUCAUGCGCCGCACAAAAGAGGUGCUGGAAGCCACUCAGCAGCAGAAGGAAUCAAUAGAAGAAAAUGCUGAAAGUAAAGAACUUCAGAUUAGAAAACUUGAGGCAACGGUGAAGUCGCUGUCUGAGGAACUGAUAAAGGCGAAUGGUAUCAUUAAGAAGCUGCAGGGGGAGGUUCGAGGCCUGGUUGGAAAAAUUAAAGUCAAAAACACUGUGACUGUGUCACAGGAGAAGGUCCUUCAAGACACAACAGAAAAACUAAAGAAUGCUGAAAAGGAUCUACAGAGCACUCAGCAGCAACUCGUCACCAAGGAUGAACAGGUUUCCAAACUGAAGGAGCAGUUGGAGACGACGGUACAGAAGCUAAAUGAAAGCAGAGAGGUGUUAAAAACAAAUGAGAAUGUUAUAAGUUGGCUAAACAAGCAGCUAAAUGAAAAGCAGCUGUCCAAAAAGCCACCGUCUCCUGAAUGUGUGGACACUCCUUCACUUACAUCCACAACAACAGGACCGAGGGCACAGUUUUAUCCUCAGACAGUCAAACCUGCCGAUGUUACUCCCACUGAGCAGCGAUCAGUGCCGACAGCCAUCCGACAGAUCGGAGACUCUGCAGGUCUUGAUUCUAAGUACUUUGAGAGGAGAGAUGACAGCAUCCCAAUCUAUGGCCUGUCGUCUAAUCUGCUUCACAAAGAGUUCUCUCAGAGAGCUAAGCCCUCCAUAGCUUCUGCGUACUUCUCUGCAUGAAGCACAAGCAGCGAGAUUCAAUGACCAGCAUACAGAGUGGAAGUAAAACCAUCAUCAUCAGUCCACUUUGUGUCCUCAGCUCCUUUACAGACUGUUACUAACCAACCUGCUGUGGUAAAUUCACUUGUUUUUAAAUGUGUGCUGAUAUUUUACACGUCUAUCUUCUGAUCUGUGGUUAAAACUUUUUGUACGGUGGAUUCCAGUGAUCACGGAGAAUGUAUUAAAGUCUUUAAAUUAAUUCUAUUUUCCUCGUACAGCACAAUAACUUUGCUGUCUUUGAGUGUUGAUAUGGUUUUUUUUUUGUUUUCUGUUGUGUUUCAGUUUUGAA